CUCUUCUUCCAUCUGCUUCGGCCCCUCCGCGGUCUCUGUCCCGUUGUAUGGGCAGUACUGUUACUUUUCAUAUUAUUAGCUUCCUUCAUUAGCCGGUGCUUUUCCUUGUCCUGUGUGUUUGCACUCCGUUGUGUCCUUUCCGUCUCCUAUGCAUCCGUCAGUUGGUAUCCGAUUCGCGCCGGUCACAUAAUGAAACAUGAGUGCUAUUGUGUUGGACUGGCCAAGGGCUUCGAAAUAUUUGCACUUAAAGUCUGAAAUGGCCACUCGUCGUCAUUUACCUUAUUGCGUCUCCGGCGCAAAGUCCCGGUUCUUUUCCAGCUCUGUCACAGCCCGUGCGUCCUCCAAUGCGGCUCCAGCUGGUGUUCGCAGCGGUUCCAGUGAACAUAAUUACAAUGAUCAAUUGGGCCAUUUCUCAAAAGAGAAGCUCGCAGAUAGAGAAUUCUAUCUGAGUCUUCUCGGGUCGGCAUCGACAAAGCGCGAGGCCAAAGCCUACCUUUCACGUUUCAAGCCUGGAGCUCCCAAACGCAAAAUACCAAACAAAGAAAAGCAGGAUGGCCACAUAGCGCACGGGGCAAAGCUUGGAGUCAAUCUCGGAUCAUUCUAUGGCGCUUCAAGGUCUGUCUAUGAUAGUCCUGUCUUCCGACAAGAGGAAACGCCAGCCCAGGUGACAGAGGAAGUCAGUGAAAGGCUCCACUUUGCUCUAGUCAAGAUCAAUACGCCACAGCUGCUAGACGAUGAUAUGAUUGAGGGGAUCGCACAGACGCUAUGGCAACUGAGGCGACUUGGGAUGACCUCCUGCGUUGUUCUAGACCCGGGGCCUAUAGAGGAUCCGUCGGUAUGGCGCAAGUCAGUUAUGCAACAGGCCGAUCGACUGUCCAAGGCUGCCGACAAGUUCAGCGGUCCCAAUUCUCUGAUUCUGGACUCUGCACUCAUCAUACCAGAGGCGGCACUUCAUAGUCCCAAAGUCCUUUCGCGGAAGUUGCUACUGCAGCCCCUGAGGAAUGGACAGACGGUCAUUAUCGCUCCUGUCGCCUAUACGGAGCAAUCGCCCAAAGUUGUCCCUAUUCCUGCAAGUGACGUUCUCUUCUCGCUCGCGCGGGAAUUUGCUGGCCUUGAAGUCACUGCGGACCCGGAUGAAGAUCCUCAGGUGACGGCUCAGAGGAUAGCGACACUUCAGGCCGAAGUCUCCCUGGAUAGGUUGAUUGUGUUGGAUUCUCUUGGAGGCAUACCUGCUUUCAGCGGACCGCAUAACUCACACGUAUUCAUAAAUAUGGAGCAGGAAUACGAAGAUAUCGAGAAUGAACUCCUGCAACAGAUGUCACUACCCGCAGCUGGUGGCUCGAAUCUAUCGCUGGGACGAGACUCUAUAUCCGCAAUCGCUGAGAACAACCCUCUCUCCAAAUCUGUCAACUCUGAAGUUGUCCGUCAAGGAAGUGUGUCGAAAGUCACUGGUGGAGAAAGCUCACUGCAACGCCACCUGGGAAAUCUUCGACUCUCCCAGAAGAUCCUUGCCCUUUUACCCCCAUCCUCAUCUGGGAUCAUCACAUCCCCGACAGAAGUAGCCAAUUCUGCCAGGGUUCCAGAAUCCGCUUCGCAGCCCUCAGCUGUUGGUACCCGUCGACUAAGGAACCCACUAAUCCAUAACUUACUGACGGACAAACCCCCUCAAUCAUCUUCAUUGCCCGAAGGGAGACGAAAUGUCAACGCUAGCUCUGGCAAACAGCUGCAUUACCCUGUUACGCACUCCACCUUUGUCAAACGGGGAAUGCCGUUGACGAUAUUACCACACCCUCGGGUUAAGGCCUGGACGGCUGACAACGGAGGUGAACCGCGCCUGAGGCUGGACGACCCGCGCAUCGAUCUCGGACGUCUUGUGUACUUGAUUGAAGAUUCCUUCAACCGCAAACUUGACGUUCAGGACUAUUUGGAUCGUGUCAACAAUCGUAUCGCGGGGCUUAUUAUCGCCGGCGAGUAUGAAGGAGGUGCAAUUCUCACAUGGGAGACACCUCCGGGUGUUGUCGACGAUGGAAGUGAAGCCAGCUUCUCCCGGAUGGUUCCGUAUCUCGACAAAUUUGCUGUAUUGAAGCGGAGCCAAGGAGCCGGAGGAGUCGCGGACAUGGUGUUCAAUGCUAUGGUUCGGUCUUGUUUUCCCAACGGCGUCUGCUGGCGCAGUCGUCGGGAUAACCCCGUCAACAAGUGGUAUUUCGAACGCUCCAAGGGCACGUGGAAGCUGCCUGAUAGUAACUGGACAAUGUUCUGGACUACUCCCGGCCUUCCAGAGGAUGAACAAAAGUUCCGUGACUACGAGGCUGUGUGUCGCAGCAUCCAGCCGAGCUGGGCAGACGCUAAAAGUGUUGUUGAUUGAAUCAGCUUUGUACAUACGAAUGUAUAUAGACGAUAUAAAACGAUACAUACGCA